GAAAGUCAACAGAAAACGCGCAGGGGAAUUGACAGAUGCGAUGCCACACGGAUCCUUCAAAUCAUGAACAAAGCUUUUCUCUUUUUUUUAAUGCAAUUGAAAUGGCGGGAUGCAUCGGGAGGAGAACGACGACGAAUCGGGAACCGAUGGAAGCCCUUCCUUAGUGCCCGAACACAAUGAUACUACCUGCAGAGCAGGAACAGCGACAAUGCGACACCAGUUCCUUUUUCAAUCAUCUUUCGGCUUUCGUCGCUGCUGGGGGGCGGGGCACUGUUCCAGUACUCGCGGUUGAAAAAAGAAGACGUAAAGUUGACGCCUUUGUAUCUGUCUGUCAGUCUCUCUCUCCCUCAGUCCCACUCCCAAUAUGUGCGUCAUUGUACCUCGCACUCCUUCCUUUUGUCAUCAAGAAAAGCUCUCGUUCAAUACCCUUUUUUCCAAUUUGAAAAUUCUGCUCUCACUUUCUCUCUCUCUCUCUCUCCUUCCCUUUCUCUCUCUCUACUUGAAUUGCGGUGUCUUCGCUCCGUGUCUUCUUUCUUGAUGUUGAUUAGCUGAAGUUCUUGCAUUUGUGGGUGAGAGCUGUGCAUUUUCGCCUUCUCUGCAUCAGAGAGUGAGUGAAGAUAUGAAAGACAGGGGCAAAGCUGUGGAAGCGUACAAGGGCGGCGGCGGAGGAGACGGCGACGGGUUCUUCGCCGACAACUACUACUCCUCGUCGUCGGAGAACCCGUGCCGGAAGCACCCGGGGGCGUCCUCCGUCGGGGUCUGCGCCCAAUGCCUCAAGGACCGCCUCGCCAGGCUCGUCUGCUCCGAGUGCGGGGAGCAGCGCCUCUCCUCCUGCUCCUGCUCCUCCGACAUCUCCUCCAACCGCAACUCCUGCACCGUCGAGGUCGGCAGCGUCGGCCGCAUCUCCUUCUUGCUCGAGAGCGACAAGAGCGAGCUCUUGCUCUCGCGCCAGAUCAGCACCUCCUCGAAGCCCAGAGCUGGUGGGGCAGAGUACAGUAACAACAAGGCAGAGGAAGCUAUGAUGUUCAAGAGGAGCAGUAGCAGCUGCGUGGAGAUAAAGAGGGUUCACGGGAUUUGGAGGAUCGGGAAGCUCUUCAGGAAGAAGAAGGAUCGCAAGAAGAGCGUCGAUAAUGGGUUCGAUGCGAAGAGCGAGAUGUGGGUCGUGGAUCACCAGUCGGGCGUGUCCAGAUCGAGAUCCCUCAGCAGCUUCAGGGGAGGCAAGAACUGUUACGGCUCAGAGGACGGGGGCGAUCACUGGACGUUUUCGGGGGCCAGGAGCUCCAUUUCAGGGGCUAGGACCUCUAGCGUCAAUGGCGGUCUCCUUUUUGAUCCCGAGAGGAAGAGUUGCUUCAGCGAAGCGGAGUUCAGGCGAAGCGGGUUCAGCGAAUCGGACACGAUCAGGAGGAGCUGCUUCAGCGAGGCGGAGCCUAGGAGGAGCGGGUUCAGCGAGGCCGAGCCUAGGAAGAGCGGCUUCGACGGCGGCGAGAGGAAGGAGAACGGGCUGCCCCUCGAGCAUCAUGUCACUCCUAGCUUUGACCCCAUUGGCAAUAAACCCGCCACCAGGAGGAUUUUCUCUCUCAAGGAAGGCGACUUCACCGGCGGCGACGACACGGGGUUCAUCGACUUGAAGUUCUUCUCGACCGAGGCGAGGCAGGAUCCGAAGAUGGGCACCCUCGGGAAUUCGAGAUCAGCGUUCGGGAGCAUAAGAGGAGGAGUCGGCGAGGGCAGUGGCGGAGGCGGCGGCGGCGGCGGCACCGCGCAGGGAGGCGAUUUCAGGAGCGGGUCGUGUCGGGUCACGGUGAGCGAGAAGGAGGUGAAGGUGAAGCAGGGCAGGAGGAGCUUCAUGGGGUGGAGGUGGGGCUUCGGGCAUCACCAGCACCACCCGAAUUGGAUGAUGGCCGCGAAGAAGAGGGACGAGGCCGUGCUGUGUAAAGAAUGAAGGCCGACACGCUGCCGAGGACAAUGCCGCCGCCGCCGCCGCCGCGUCGAGCGAAGACCGGAUCGGAUCGGAUCGGACCGAUCCUUCUCCAUUACUAUGGUCCUUUUUGGGUUAUUAGAGUUGAUUACUUCACUGCUAUUUCCAAUAUUUUGCCACAGUCCAGCUCUUUGUAUCUGAUAGUCGUUUCGUUUUAAAGCGACGGUGUGGGAUCAUCAUCGAAAGACGAAAUAAUAAGUAAGGAACGAAAGUGGGGGAAACAAUAACGGUCUUGGGCUCUCUGUUUUCUCUCUCCUUUAUUCAAACGCAUGGGAAUUUUGCUUCUUGAUCGCGCUGCAGCUGAAUAAAGAGAGUGUGCUUAAACAGACAGUCAUGGAGGAAAUAAAAAUCUGCUGCUUCAUUUGCUUUCU